AUAAUGCGUUUUAUCUUCACUCCCUUUUUAGUCUCUCUCUUCUCUGUGCAAACCUUUCAUCCUCUCUCUCUUACUUUAUUUUCAUUUUUUUUUCCUCCAAGCCCUUGAAGCAUUUUUCAGUAUAGUCAAGCAUGCAGAGAAUGAGAUAACACACUCUCACUUCAAAACUAGGGUUCCCCCAUUUGUACCUAAACAGCACCCAGUUGAUUCGAGCCCUUCUAUGCACUGUUUGGCAGACAUAGACACCAAAAGAGCAAACUUUUGAAGGGAAAGAGAGAGGGAUAGAGAACGAAGAGCUAAGCAAGAAAAAAAGAAGAAGAACUGUUUGCUUGCCUUCUUUCUCUUUCUUUCUCUCCAAUCUAAAAACCAGUUUUAGAGAGAGGGAGUUGGAGACAUUUGGGGCUUUAACCUUUUGUCUCCUCUAUCCUCUCCUAUUUUUCUUUUCCUUGUUUUCUUAAUACUAUAUUUUCUGUGCCUGUUCUGCUUAAAAGGACUGCUUUGAGAAAGACCCAGUUCAUUAUUUUUAACCAAAACCCAAAAAAAGAAGCAUUAUUGAGAAUGAAGUAAAAUCAGUCAGUAAGAUUUGUAGCAGUGCUUGUAAAUUUUGUAGAGAGAGGAGGGGUUAUAUAGUAGAGAAAAGAAAGAAAAGUCCCUUCUUUGAUGAGUUUUGGGGGUUUCCUUGAGAAUAGUACCGGUGGUGGCGGUGCGAGAAUCGUUGCCGAUAUUCCUUUCCGCAACUCUAACAUCAACAACCACCACAACAUGCCCUCUGGUGCACUUGCUCAGCCUCGCCUUGUCACUCCGCCACUCACCAAAUCCAUGUUCAACUCAAGCCCUGGACUCUCUCUUGGCCUUCAUCAACCCAAUAUAGACGGGCAAGCGGAUAUGGCUAGAAUGGCUGAGAAUUUUGAGGCAAAUGUUGGAAGAAGGAGCAGAGAGGAAGACCAUGACAGCAGAUCUGGUAGUGAUAACAUGGAUGGUGCUUCUGGGGAUGAUCAAGACGCAACCGACAAACCUCCCAGAAAGAAGCGCUACCACCGACACACUCCACAGCAAAUCCAAGAGCUUGAAGCUUUGUUCAAGGAGUGCCCUCAUCCUGAUGAGAAACAAAGACUGGAGCUUAGUAGGAGGCUUUGCUUGGAAACUAGACAGGUCAAAUUCUGGUUCCAAAAUCGCCGUACCCAAAUGAAGACCCAAUUGGAACGUCACGAGAACUCUUUGCUUAGGCAAGAAAACGAUAAGCUUAGGGCUGAGAACAUGUCCAUCAGGGAUGCAAUGAGGAAUCCAAUUUGCUCAAACUGUGGUGGUCCAGCAAUUAUUGGUGAAAUUUCACUUGAAGAGCAACAUCUCAGGAUUGAGAAUGCCAGGUUAAAGGACGAGUUAGACCGUGUUUGUGCGCUUGCAGGCAAAUUUUUGGGUCGUCCCAUUUCAUCGUUGGCUAACUCAAUUGGUCCUCCACUGCCGAACUCAAGUUUGGAGCUUGGAGUGGGAAGCAAUGGUUUCGGUGGUUUAAGCACUGUGGCUACAACAUUGCCUUUGGGGCCUGAUUUUGGUGUUGCGAUUUCGAGCGGUUUGCCACUGGUGCCACCGGCUAGAUCCAGCGCAGGCAUGACGGGCCUCGAUAGAUCGAUCGAGAGGUCUAUGUUUCUAGAGCUUGCCUUAACUGCCAUGGAUGAAUUGGUUAAGCUGGCGCAGACUGAUGAGCCCCUCUGGGUUAGGAGCUUGGAAGGUGGAAGAGAAAUUUUGAACCAUGAGGAAUACAUGAGAAGCUUCACUCCUUGCAUUGGUUUGAAACCAAAUGGUUUUGUCACAGAGGCUUCUAGGGAGACUGGUAUGGUCAUUAUCAACAGCUUGGCCCUUGUUGAGACGCUAAUGGACUCGAAUCGAUGGGCAGAGAUGUUUCCUUGUAUGAUUGCCAUAUGCUCUACCACUGAUGUGAUAUCUAGUGGCAUGGGGGGGACCAGAAACGGUGCACUUCAACUGAUGCAUGCUGAGCUGCAAGUUCUCUCGCCUUUGGUUCCGGUCCGUGAAGUCAAUUUCCUCCGUUUCUGUAAGCAGCACGCGGAGGGUGUGUGGGCUGUGGUUGAUGUAUCUGUUGACAGCAUUCGAGAAACUUCGGGUGCACCGACAUUUGUGAACUGUAGGAGGCUUCCUUCUGGGUGUGUUGUACAAGAUAUGCCUAAUGGGUACUCUAAGGUCACGUGGGUUGAGCAUGCAGAAUACGAUGAGAGCCAAGUGCACCAGCUAUACAGGCCACUGUUAAGCUCCGGGAUGGGGUUUGGUGCUCAACGAUGGAUCGCCACCCUUCAACGCCAAUGCGAGUGCCUUGCUAUUCUCAUGUCCUCCGCUGUUCCUAGUCGAGACCACACUGCAGCAAUAACUGCGGGUGGGAGAAGAAGCAUGCUGAAGCUAGCGCAACGAAUGACGGACAACUUUUGCGCAGGGGUGUGCGCGUCAACGGUCCACAAAUGGAACAAGCUGAACGCUGGCAACGUUGAUGAGGACGUGAGGGUGAUGACCCGGAAGAGCGUGGACGAUCCAGGCGAGCCACCGGGCAUUGUAUUGAGCGCUGCCACGUCAGUGUGGCUACCUGUUUCACCGCAAAGACUAUUCGAUUUCCUGCGCGAUGAGCGGCUCAGAAGUGAGUGGGACAUAUUAUCCAACGGCGGUCCCAUGCAAGAGAUGGCCCACAUCGCCAAAGGCCAAGAUCACGGCAACUGCGUCUCUCUUCUACGUGCUAGUGCUAUGAAUCCGAAUCAGAGCAGCAUGUUGAUUCUACAGGAGACGUGCAUAGACGCGGCGGGGUCGCUUGUGGUGUACGCGCCCGUUGACAUUCCCGCCAUGCACGUGGUGAUGAACGGUGGUGAUUCGGCUUACGUGGCUCUCUUGCCCUCGGGAUUUGCCAUUGUGCCAGAUGGGCCGGGCUCACGUGGGCCCACAGGCAACGGCAAUAACAGUAAUAACAACGCCAACAACGGCGGUGGUCCUGGCCCACAUAGAGUGAGUGGGUCCCUCUUAACAGUUGCAUUUCAAAUCCUGGUGAAUAGUCUCCCUACGGCCAAGCUCACGGUGGAGUCGGUGGAGACGGUCAACAAUUUAAUCUCGUGCACUGUCCAGAAAAUCAAGGCUGCUCUUCACUGUGAAAGCUGAUUGUCACGUGAACAUCACGUGGGACUUAGUUUUUUUUUCCUUUUUUACUUUUUUGGGGUUAACAUUGACGUCAUGUGCAUGGUUGUAGCUAUUAAUUAUAGGUGGUGUGUGUGAACUGUGAAGUGGGGGAGCUUUGUGAGUUUGUGAGAGAGAGAGAGAGAGAAUCAGUGGUGAUGAGUGAGUUGUAAGGGGUAUUGAGUCAAGAACGAACCGCGCGAGUGGAAAACACCUUGCAUGGUGAUAAGGGUAACGACCAAGUUAGAGAGACACUGAGUUAGUGUUCUUAACACAAGGCAAGGGUGGUGGUUCGGGUAUUGACUCAGGUUAACCCCUUCAUGAGUUGGCUCAAUUUAAUUAAGUUGCUAGCUAAAAAAAAAAAUUCUUCAAAAGAAAAAAAAAAAUUAUAAUGGGUGCAUGCUUUGGCAUUCUAAUUUGAUUUUUAUUUUGAGUUAAUUGUUGUUUUUCUUUUAUUUAAAUUAUGGUAUUUUGACUAUCCAGACUACUUGUAUUUGCUAUAGUUGGGAUCAAACUUGGUUUGGAAAUCAAAUUAUGUUGUUUUGUUAAUACCCA